AUCUUGUGCUAUCUUUUCAUGUCCGCUGAUGCGCAUUCCUUAUCGUUUCACUAUUGUUAUUCAUAACAAGAAACUAAAACUUUUUCGUUUUCACGGACGCAGGAUGUCUACCACACCCAUUCCAACUCGGACUUACAGAGACGCCAUAGAUGCACUGAACAGCCUUCAAACUAAUGCUGCUAUCCUGGAGGCCGUGCGUGCUGCAGGAUCGAAGCUCAAUCCUAAUGCUAUACCUGAAAUGAUUGAUUAUCUACGUAGAGUGGGCCUUAAGCCAUCCCAGUUAAAUAAUUUGAAUGUCAUACAUAUCACGGGAACAAAAGGAAAGGGCUCUACAAGCGCAUUCACAGAUUCAAUAUUGAGGGCAGCUAGGCCAGGCUGGAAAACUGGCCUGUAUACCUCUCCUCACCUGGUCGCUGUCCGUGAGCGCAUUCGCAUAAAUGGCGAGCCACUUUCGGAGGAGGAAUUUACUCGUUACUUUUUCGAAGUAUGGAAUUUGCUCCAGAAUACGAAGUGCGAAGCCGCCACCACCCCCUUCAUGCCAAACUACUUUCGCUACCUAACGCUCAUGGCCUUUUACACUUUCUACCAACUCAAGGUUGAUGCGACAAUUCUCGAGGUAGGCAUUGGUGGACGCUCUGACAGCACAAAUAUCGUCCCCAAACCAGUAGUUACAGGCGUUACCGCCCUCGGGUACGACCACACAAGGCUUCUGGGGGAAAAGCUCAGUCAGAUUGCAAAUCAGAAGGGUGGAAUAUACAAGGAAGGGGUUCCGGCCCUUACUGUUCAACAACCUGAGGAAGGCAUAUUGGAGCUUGGUGUUUGUGCAGUAGAGCAGAAGGCAUCUCAGUUCACAGUUAUUGACGCCCUCCCUUCCACUAUCCCAUUAGGUCUUGCAGGUGCUCACCAGAGAUCGAACGCGGGUCUCGCGGUACAAUUGGUGCAUACGUUCCUCAGCAUCAAGGAUCAGUCAUACUCUCCUAUGUCGGAUCCAAACAUCAGUGGUGCUGCUAGCGCAACAUGGAGCGGAUCAGAGAUAGAACCAUUGAUAUCCCUCCCUACAUCUUUUAUGGACGGCCUCAAAAAUGCUCACUGGCCUGGCCGUUGCCAGACAGUACCCGAUUCGAAGCUUGGGGCUAUGACAUGGUUCCUCGAUGGGGCACAUACACAAGAGAGCCUUGCGUGCUGUCUGGAAUGGUUUGUAAGCCCAGCAGUCGGGCUUCCCGUUUCCCCAGUUUCUGACGAUCACCCACCCCGAGUGCUAAUUUUCAAUUGCACCAGUGGACGUUCAGGAGAUGCUUUCCUGACAGCCAUCUUGGAAAAAGUGGAGGAGCAACUGGCGAUCCAUGGCAGCCUGGAGAAGAAGGAAGAAUUUUUUGCCAAGGUCAUUUUCUGCAGUAAUGUGACAUAUGCCAGCGGCAAUUUCAAAGGCGACCUUACCUCCGCCGCAAUAUCUACAACUGAUAACCUCAAUCUCAAGACUCAGAGAGAGAUUGAGGCAGCCUGGAACAAGCUUGUCCCAACUUACUCUGGCACAGUGCACGUUCUGCCGUCUAUUGAGGACGCUGUGGAAGAAGCGCGCAAGACACUCAACGUUAGCGUGCUCGUCACGGGCAGCUUGCACCUUGUAGGCGGCGUCAUCGAGGUCGCAGACUUGGCAGACAGAGCCUUGAGCCCGAAAGCAUGAUAAUAUUUGUGAUUUCAUCAUCAUUCGCAUUGGCCCUCAUAUAGCUAUCCAACUUAGCAUGGUUCUGUCUCGAGCUUGCUUUUUCGAAUUUGUCGAUUCCCGGCUUUCAACACGUCGACC